AUGGGCGAUAAAGUAGAAUUAACGCAUAACUGGAGUGCGGACCACUGGGACUGGCCGCUACAGCAUAAUGAUGAUGUGGUUCGAGUAAACAACACUAAAGACAAGUUCGAAGUGGCUUUGGAUGCGUCAUUCUUCACACCCAAGGAAAUUGAGGCUAGUAUUUCGUGCUUUGCCGGUGAGUGCCUGGUCAUUCAUCUUAGGCAUGAAUCACGUACCGAUCAGUUCGGUGAAAUCAAACGUGAAGUAAAUCGUAUGUAUAAACUGCCGCCCGAUGUCGACACGAAAACACUGAAGUCAAAUUUGACCACACGUGGACAUCUUGUCAUCACCGCCAAUAAAAAGGCGUAA